AUGGGAGUGAUGGAGCAGUUCUUUGACUAUUUGCAGUCUUUUGGCCCCAAAACGAAAAUUCUGCUCGUGGCCCAUAACGCCAAGGCGUUUGACGCCAUGUUUGCGUUGCAGGAGGUGAUUAAGCGCAGGUUGAAAAAUGAGCUUAUUCUCCAGGGCGCAAAAAUCUUGUGUAUGAAAGUGGGGACUUGGGAGUUUAUAGACAGCCUCAUGUUCCUGCCCAUGCCGUUGAGCGCCAUGCCAAAGUCUUUCGGACUCAAUGAGCUUAAAAAGGGGUAUUGGCCAUUCCUAGCCAACAAACCGGAAUAUUACCAAUAUGAGGUCCCGUUGCUAGAGAAGGAGCUGUACUGUGUCUCGGACAUGAAGUCCAAACCAGCGGCAGACUUCCACAAAUGGCAUGAUGAGCAGACAGCCAAUGGCUAUGUCUUCAAUUUCAGGCGUGAACUGAUAGACUACUGCAUCUCCGAGGUCACUAUCCUGCGCCAAGCCUGCACAGCCUUCCGUGAGCUGUUUGAGGAAAAGGCGGGUUUCGACCCCAUGUUCAACUGCAUCACGCUGAGUUCAGCAUGCAUGGCCGCCUACAGGCGCAAUUUCCUCCCAGCAGACACAAUAGGGAUUGUCCCUCCGGGUGGCUAUCACGGCAGGGGAAAGCAGAGCCAGAUUGCCCUCAAGUGGCUCGACUACGAGUCGCAAAAGUUGGGUAAAGUGAUUAGAACCUUUGCACACUGA